AAAAACAACCUGCAAAUUAAUAUUUCACACGUGUAGAAUAUUUUUAAUUUACCGGAAAAUUCACCACAUGAAUUAAUACUAUAAAUUAGACAUGCAGAAAAUAAAGCGCAAAAGCACAGAAGGUGAUGCAUCAUCGCCGAAGAAAAAGAAAGUUCAGUUUGAUACUGUUAGAGAGGUACAGGAUAUAGAAAAGGGCGAGAAAGUGAAAAAAGCUUUUAUCAAACCAAAGAAGGAUUUUAAAAAGGGAGGCAAAACUCCCUUUAAUAAGCCUGGGCUUAAAGGAAAACACGAUGUUUCUAAAGGUAAUCAAAACAAAGUAUCCAAAAAUCAGGAUCCAGGUGAAAAGCCCAAAUGGUCAGAAAUGAAAAAAGAAAAAAAGAAUUUAAGGCUGGAGCGUCGCAAAGCUAAAGCUACUGCUGAAAUAUUUGAAAUCUCCCACAAAGCUAAAUUAUUAGCUGCACAGAUUCAAAGAAAGGUAAUCAAACCUGACUUCAAAAUCACUGCAUCUAAAGAGCUACAUUCUUUGAUCAAAGGCCAAUACAAAGCAAUAGCACUGACACACGAUUUGAGCAGAGUAAUCCAGGUAUUACUCAAACACAGCACAGAAAACAUAAAGAAGGAGAUAACUGAAGAAUUAAUGGAUAUAAUGGUACCUAUGAUGCAAUCGAAGUAUGCACACCACUCAGUAAAACGUAUUUUAAAGUAUGGUACUAACUUUAUACGUCAUGAAGUUAUAAAGAAGAUGUUUGGCCAUGUUGUGUCUUUAGCAACACAUACUAUUAGCGCACCAGUUUUAGAUUAUGCAUAUGGAGAGUUUGCAAGUAAAAAAGAGAAGCUACACAUGCAGCAAGAAUUUUACGGUGAUAUGUAUAAAAACACAAAAGAUGACAAGGUUAAAACAUUGAGUGAUACCUACAAGGACAGCCCUGAAAUGAAAUCGGCGAUACUGCAGUCAUGCAAAGCAAAUAUCCAACGUAUUUUAGAUAAGAAUUUACAUGAUGGAGAGCUGUUUCAUUCAGUAUUGUAUGAUUAUAUGAGAGAGUGCAGCAAUGAAGACAGAGUAGAACUGAUCUCAACUCUCAGUCCAUUGAUUGUGCCUCUCAGCAAUUCUCUUCCGGGAGCCAAUGCAGCUUGCAUAUGCGUGUGGCAAGGGACCAACAAGGACAAGAAGGCAAUAUUAAAAGUGGUGAAGGAACAUGUUAUACCCCUAAGCAAGCACAAGACUGGCUACAGGUUGCUGUUAGCUAUCUUUGACUCUGUUGACGACACGGUUCUAGUCAAGAAGACCAUAGUCUCAACACUUGCUACUAACAUACAGGACGUUGCAAGCGACCAACGUGGAAAUAUGACCCUGCACUGGCUUGUGAAGCCAAAAGAUUCAACCAUCUUCCACCCUGGUAUCACAUCUUUCUUAGAGGAUGGGUUCAAAAGUGGUACAUCAAAGAAGGAUCCCGAGCUUCGCAUAUCGGAGCUCCGAGAGGCAAUAUUGCCAGCACUAAAAAGCAAUAUAGAAGAAGACCCAAAAUACUGGUUUGAUAAGGCCAGAAUGCCAUUGGUGGUUGCUGUACUAUCUAUUGAAACAUCUAAAUCACUUCUACAAGCUUUAGCAACAGUGAUUUGCGAUCCCAACUGGGUAAUACCAGUACCUAACAAAGACACCACAGUCUUGGCUAUAGAAGACGCCGGGAUUCACAUGUCGUUGAAGAAGCUUGCUGCACUCGAUAAGACAGCGUCAGAUACACUUGGUGAAGCUGUCUGCGAGAACAUAUCUGAUGAAACUUUACAAGCCUGGCUGUCUACAAAUAGAGGAUGUUUCUUCAUCUUAACACUUAUCGAAAAUAACAAAGAAAACGUCAGCGGCAAACUCAAGAAUAAAAUCAAACCAUACAUAAAUAUUUUAAAACAGAAAUCUGUUGAAGGUGCUAAACUGUUAAUACAAUCCGUUCAGAAAUAAAAAAAAUAGUCAUCAUACUA